AUGGAGUCAUCGUCCCCCCGCCCCGCAAGCAGCCAUGUCCUCCACGGGAACUGGGGAUUCUGGGAGAGCUCCCCUCCGCACCUGGAUGGUGCCUGGCCUCUCAAGGUCAGCCUGGCCUGCCCUGGCUGGUGGUGGCUCCCCGGGGUCUCAGGCCGAGGAGAGGCUUCCACAUCCCCUGCUGCUCGAGUCUCGCCGCUGGAGAUGCUGCUGGCUGGAGCUGGAGCUUCCACCAGGGGCCUUCUGCGUGCCAAGCAGGCGCUCUGCUGCGCCACUUGGCCCCCUGCGCCUGAGCCGUGCCCUCCGGCGCCCCUCUUCUUCCCCGGCCCGAGCGAGGGUCCGGCGGCCCGCCUUUCCGCCCGCCUCCCUCCUUCUCGAGGCUCUCCUCGGGCACGAAGUGCCGCAGCGCGCAGCCAAGAGAGGGCAGCAACGCCCUCGACGGCACCCGGCCCACCAGUUCCCGCGGGCCGCCUCUCGGCCGGGUUCUGCCACGACGGCAAAGCCUUCCGCAGGCGCCACCAGCGAGAGCCGCCCCGGCGCGCGCGUUCUCCGCGGAGGCCUCCGCAGCAGGUAACGGCCUGCCGGAGGUGGCGCCCCCGGCCCGCUUCCAUCGUCGCAGGGGAGGACAAAGCAGAAAAGCUCGGAGUACCGACCUCGAGGACGGGGGCCAGCUCCGGAGGCCGCUGCUCGAAGGGGCUUCCUCGCCCCCUCCCUUCGCUGCACUCCAGCGCCUCCCCGAAGGAUGGCGCUGCCCUGGCGCGCAAGGAGCCGGCCUCGGCCAAGCCCGCCUGCAAGCGCUGCGGCCUCGCCCUCGGCGUUGCCCUCCUGGGCGUCGCUGUGCUGUGCGCGACGGCCUUCCUAGUCAAGGUGGCCUUGGAGCCCUACUACUUCUUCUGUGGCCAGACCUUCAGGUUCAUCCCCCUGGACUUCCUGUGCGAUGGGCACCUCGAUUGCGCCUGGGGGGAGGACGAAGCUGGCUGUGUGCUGCAGGCGCCAGACGGCCCCCCUGUGGGAGUCCGCCUCUCCCAGGACCAGUCAGGCCUGCAGGUACGGGACAAAGAGACGGGCGACUGGGCCUGGGCCUGCCACGACUCCUUCGACUCCGCCAUGGCAACGGAAGCUUGCAAGCAAAUGGGGUACGGUGGCAGCACCCCGACCUUCAGGGCUGUGGCGACUGGAGAUGCUCAGGGAUUGCUCCUCCAAGAGGUGAUGCUGCAGGGCGGGGAGCUCCGCUGGCAAGACUCUGGGAGGCCGUGCCUCUCGGGCCGCGUGGUUUCCCUCGUCUGCUUGAGUUGUGGAGACAGUCGAAGGUCACCCCGGGUGGUGGGUGGCAGUUCAGCUGCCAUCGAGAGCUGGCCAUGGCAGGUCAGCCUGCAGCACAGGGGGCAACAUGCCUGCGGAGGGAGCCUCCUCGACCCCUGGUGGGUUCUGACAGCCGCACACUGCUUCCGGACCUACCAGGUAACUAAACAAUGGCAGGUCAGAGGUGGCUCUGCGACCAUCUCCAGCACCCAGACAGCCCCUGUGGAGAAGGUCUUCGUCAUCGACAUCAAGUCCAUGUUUCCCAAGGAUGAAGACAUCGCCCUGGUCAAGCUGCAAAGCCCUUUGGGUAUUUCAGAGUCAAUCAAGCCCAUCUGCCUGCCUUUCUUUGAUGAAGAAAUAGCCCCCGGGGCUCGCUUGUGGGUCACAGGCUGGGGCUACACUCAACAGGGUGGCAGGCUGUCCAAGAUGCUGCAGCAGGCAGAGGUGGAGUUGAUUGCUUGGAGGACCUGCAACGCAGCUGAUGCCUAUCAAGGGGAUGUCACAGAAAAGAUGCUCUGUGCAGGCCUCAGCCAGGGUGGGGUGGACACCUGCCAGGGAGACAGCGGAGGGCCCCUGAUGCGGGAGCAAGGCCGCUGGCGUGUGGUGGGCGUGGCCAGUUGGGGCCAGGGCUGUGGAAGCCCCAGCGCCCCUGGAGUCUACACCAAAGUCCAGGCCUACUUGGACUGGAUCGCCACUGUCCGGAGGUCGGAGUCCUGAAACCCCCUUGUGGGUCCCAGGCGCCGUUCAUCCUCCCUGCAGGCAGCGGCCUUGCCUUUGGAGCCAGGAAGGCCCCCCUGCACUGCUGCAGUCCCCGUGGAGGACCAAGGAGGGCUGCGGGACAGAGCCCUGCACAGGGCCAGGGGCUUGGUUCUGAGGAGGCCAGUAGGAUCCAGUGCGCCCAGUGCCGGACCCUUUUCUGGACAGAAGCAACGGUGGGGCAAGACAGGUGGUUGGCUCAACUUCACCUCGUCUGUCAGCAGAACAGCAGCUGGCCUGGCCCUGGCCAGGCUUCCCCCCUUCGAGGGGCGGCUGGCCUGGCUCUGUGGGGCAGGUGCCUCUCCCCUCUCUUGCCAGAAAGCAAGCAAGCAGCAUUGGCUCAGGAAAGCUGGGGCAGCUGGGGCCGAAGCCCGCUUCCAGCAUUGUCUGUGCAAUUACUGGUACAUUUCGACAUUGCAGAACUGGGGAGGGGGCCAGGGCUUGGCCCAACGUGAGACCACAUGCAGGGCCG